AUGAAUCUCUGCGCUCUCUGUCGGUCCAUUCCUUUCGAAAGACUUCCUCAAUUGCCCUCGGAUUGGGAGUGUAUUAUCAACCGGAGGGAGCUGCCGUCUUUUGUCUUCAACUCAAGCCUCUCUUCCGCACUGGACGUACCCAUUGGCUUCAGAUACCACAGCAGCCUUGAGGACCUUGCAGCAUCUGCUGGUGGCUGCAGGCUCUGCGACUUACUUAACGACUCGGUUAGCGGAUUUUCCGCUUCUUACCGUAAGGCGGAGAACGACCCAUUGUUUGCGUACUAUGAGGACGCACACUUGGGACUCCCGUCUAACUUUCAGUUCUGGCUAACAAAACGCAUCAAUGGUGGAGAUGGGUUCUUGGUCCUUGUUCGUGCGCGACGGGAAGGUAUCAUUUAUCUUGUUGGCGCCGUUGGGUUUUGCGUCAAAGAGGAUAGCGCGCUGGCAUCUUUGUACAAAGGGCGGCCAGUCGAAGAGGAUGGAGGCUCUCCAACAACCCUUGACCGAGCCGCAGCUUGGGUGCAAAAUUGUGUGAGGAACCAUGAAGACUGUCAAGCUGGUGGUAGUAUUCCAUUGCCGUCGCGCUUACUUGACCUGGAGAGCUGUACAAACCAGAAAGAAAUAAGGCUGCGGGGUACUGGAGGCAUUCAUGGUCGCUACGCCGCGUUGAGCCACUCUGCCAGAAAGGAGGCAAUCAAGAUUGAAGAGCUCCCGAAAACGUUUCAAGAUGCAGACGACCUUGAAGACUGGGCACGAGAAUCCGCCAAUAUGGCCGCAGUGUACUCAAAUGCUCACUUGACCAUCGCUGCUGCUCACGCCACAGAUAGUUCCGCUGGUUGUUUUAACCGACGAAAAGGGCGACGCCACAUCCCAGUUGACUACAUCACGCAAGAUGGCACGAGUGGGCAACUCCUGGCCUUCCUCGUGUCGACUGACAAGGAAGCAGCCAGCAGGUUGUACAUCGAGAUGAGCCAUGAGCCGUUGACUAAGCGUGCAUGGGCGCUGCAAGAGCGUUUGUUGGGGCAACGCAUCCUUCAUGAUGGUACAGAUCAGAUGUACUAUGAAUGCAAUCAUGAGUUCGUCAGUGAAGAUGGUUUCCGUGACGCCGGACGGUACUGCAAUCUGUUUGGAGCAACUGACUCUGGACGGGUUGGUCGCAGAUCCCAACACUCUGAUGAACAUGCAUUCUGGUAUCAUCUGCUGUGGUACUACGGCAGCAGAAGACUGAGCAAUCCUUCAGAUAAGCUGCCUGCCAUGUCAGGAUUGGCACGGAUAUUCGAGUCACGCGUUCAAGCCUCCUAUGUGGCCGGCUUAUGGAGCAAUGCGUUGAUCGAAGGCCUCGCAUGGCAGGGAGUGCGGUCAACCAAGGAUCCAACGACUUCUACAUCACAAGCUUACAUUGCUCCGGCCUGGUCGUGGGCGUCGUAUGAUGGGAUUGCCGCCACGGGACAAGGUAAGGAAUGGAAAGAUAUCGCGAAGGUUCUUGACUAUCACAUCAAACUCAAGACCUCAAACCCGUACGGCGAGUUGGAGGAAGGGUGGAUCAUGAUCAGGGCGCCAUUGGUCCGGGUUAGUCUUAGCGACGAGCCCGAAAAGACGCGGACAAGCAACGACGAUGCAGCGAGGGAGCUCGUGAAAAGACUCGAGCUUUUCGCGCUAGUGCUUCAACGAUGGGACAAGGAAAAGAACGUGCUGGAGAAGAGCGAACAGUGGGGCAAGGGAAAAAGUGAAGAAGAGAGGCAGGAGAAUAGAGAAGAGAAAGAUGAUGUUGAGAAGGGAGCGCAGGAAGAGGGUGGAGAAGACCAAGAAGCAUGGAAUCAAGGUAGUGGUGGUGAUGACUGCUAUGACUACUUCACAUGGCACUCGUUUGUGUCGGUCCGAGCAGCGAUAGCAGGCAAAUGGACGAAUAGGUUGUGUGGGCCGCAGCGCGACAGUAAAGGAUCUAAAUGGGAGCAAAUUACAGGCGCACUUCCCUCCACAACCAAUGCUUCUUAUCAUUAA